AUGGCAGACGAAUCGGACCUCUCUAAGACGUUCUCACCCGAUGGUGGUACUAUUGAAGGAUUUUCUCACCAUGCAGAGGACAUUACACCUGAUCGAGAGCCAUACGGACCCCCCGGUCUGCGGGGACUGGCGAGCAAUCCGUUCGUGUUAAUGUGUGCCGUAUGCUCAACGCUCGGUGGUUUGAUUUUCGGUUACGAUCAAGGUGUUGUGUCUGUUAUCCUGGUGAUGGACCAGUUUCUCGAGGAGUUUCCACGUCUCGAAGGCUCGGGUGAAUCUUUCUGGAAGGGUCUGUUGACUGCCAUGAUUGAAUUGGGUGCACUGCUGGGUGCUUUCAACCAGGGCUGGAUCGCGGAUAAGAUCUCGCGACGCUACUCCAUUCUGGUUGCCGUUGCUAUUUUCACUAUUGGAUCUGUUUUGCAGACUGCUGCCGUGGAUUACCCCAUGCUGGUCGUCGCUCGUUUGAUUGGUGGUGUGGGCAUUGGAAUGUCGUCCAUGGUUGCGCCAUUGUACAUCUCUGAAAUCAGCCCCCCGGAAUGCCGUGGAACACUGCUUGUUCUUGAGGAAUGGUGUAUCGUGCUCGGGAUCGUUAUUGCGUACUGGAUUACAUAUGGUACCCGGUAUAUGGCGGGAGAAUGGUCAUGGCGUCUCCCCUUCUUGUUGCAGAUGCUUCCAGGAUUCAUUCUCUUUGGUGGUGUGAUAUUCCUCCCAUUCUCGCCCCGAUGGCUCGCCGCUAAGGGCCGCAACGAAGAAGCUUUGCAGAGUCUCUGCAAAUUGCGUAACCUUCCUGGUACAGACCGACGUAUUCGUCAGGAGUUUAUGGAUAUUCAAACGGAAGUGAAAUUCCACCAGGAGAUGACUGCUGAGAAACACCCCGAUUUGCAAAGUGGAAGUAACAAGGACUCGUUCCUUCUAGAGCUUGCAUCCUGGGCCGAUUGCUUCAGAAAAGGUUGCUGGCGACGAACACACGUCGGUGUGAUGAUCUGUUUCUUCCAGCAGUUUGUCGGUAUCAACGCACUGAUUUACUACUCGCCCACCCUUUUUGGAAAAAUGGGCCUGAACAGCAGCAUGCAACUUGUCAUGUCUGGUGUACUAAACGUCCUACAGCUGGUGGGUGUGACGACCAGUAUUUUCACGAUGGACAGCAUCGGUCGUCGCAAGCUUCUGAUGAUCGGAUCCGCUCUCAUGGCCGUCGCGAUGAUCAUCAUUGCAGUUCUGGUAGGCUUUUACAGUGCUGAUUGGCCAUCCCACCAAGCCCAAGGAUGGACCAGUGCAGCUUUUUUACUAUUCUACAUGAUUGCAUUCGGUGCCACCUGGGGUCCAAUUCCCUGGGCAAUCCCAUCUGAGAUCUUCCCCUCCUCCCAUCGUGCAAAAGGUGUAGCCCUAGCCACCUGCUCUAAUUGGUUGAACAACUUUAUCAUUGGUCUCAUAACACCCCUGCUGGUAUCAAACACUGGCUAUUGCACAUAUGUCUUCUUCGGCGCCUUCUGUGUGCUUUCUGGUGUUUGGACUUACUUUUUCGUCCCGGAGACCAAGGGUCGGACACUUGAGCAGAUGGAUCAUGUCUUCAAGGACAACUCGAGCGAAUAUGAGAAAUCUCGUCGAAUUGUUAUUGAGGCGGAGCUUCUGGAGCGAGAGUUGUUUAGCCCACAUCGAGGAGUUGUUUGA